GCUAAAUAGUGCAUUAGUUCGAAGCAGACCAUAGUUAAGCUGUAGUUUGAUUAUCUCAGACACACGAGUCAGAAGUCCCCGCACUACGGACGUUUUGGAAAUACCAUAAUGGCCCCAAGGUGGUAUUCCCUUUCCCAUUCCCAUUCCCCAUUCCAAAACAUACAUCCCUGCCUAGCGUGCAGAAAACCGGACCAGCGUCAGCUGAAGCCAGCUGAUGCCAGCUUAAGAAUGGCAAUUUGUCAACCCCUCUCUGCUGCGAAAGUGUUUCCCCUCACAUUACUACGGUAUCGAAUGGAUACACAUCAUUGAACGGUAACUAUGGGAGCCAAAGAGAACAAAGGUCCUGGAAUGACAGCAGCUUCAAUAGUUCUGACUGUCAUUGCAGUGGUUAUUUUCUUGGUCCGCGCCUACUCCCAGCGUCUUGUCAACGGGGGGUUCUCUCUGGAUGAAAUAUUCUUGUCAGUGGGACUGAUUCUCACCAUCGGUCUCUGUAUUGAGACAUGCCUCUGUUUUUACUGGGGGGCAGGUCGCCACAUGGAGGACAUUUUACUCACAGACUCUAAUCCUCUUAUCAACCUGCGGAAAUACUGGAUUGCCGGCUAUGCCUCGGUGGUAACUUGGGCAGUCGCCAUGUUUGCAAUCAAGCUAUCACUGUUAUCAUUGUAUAAGAGAAUAUUUCUCGUGCAAAACACAGUGCGGCGUUGGUUCCGAGUCUUCGUCUAUGCCGUCAUGUUAUACGUAAUAUGCUCGUCGAUCGCGAUUAUCUUCUCCUACAUAUUUAUCUGUACGCCUAUCUCGCAUUGGUGGACGCAAGCGAAUGCGGCUGUCGGAAAGCCUGUACCGAAAGGAGAUUGUCCGAACUUAGUCCCAAGGGGCAUUGCAUGUACAGCUUUGAAUAUCGUGUCAGACCUUCUUACGUUCUCCCUGGGAAUUUCCGGACUAUGGACAUUACAGAUGGAUCGGCAACGCAAGUUCAUGGUUGGAGGUAUUCUUGCUAUGGGCUCAGCAUGUUGCAUAGUGAGCAUUGUCCGAUUACCGAUGCUUCUUAACGCUACAUUCAGCAACGACCCUACGUGGUCAAAUGCAAACUCUUUGUUAAUCGGAGUGCUGGAAGGAGCGACUGGCGUUAUUAGCGCUUCGUUACCCGGCCUGGCACCAUUGGUGCGACGGUGGCAGCGCAGCGUCCAGGCUCGCAAAGGAACGAGCAGUGACAGCGAGGCUGGUCCAUCCCAAAAGUACCCAAAUAGAGCGGAUACGUAUUCACACAAAACUUCUGCAAGCAUUGGUAUCCAAGGUUUGUCUGGAAGAUACAUUCCCAUGGACGACAUGAAUUCAGACCAGUCAACACAUCUUGAUACAACACCAUUAUCGCCAACCCAGCAGGAUAGGAACUUUAGAUGACUUCCAGUCGGUGUUGUGCUUAUAGACUUGUAAUCCUUCUGGCGGGUGAGGAUGAUGCUGUAGUAUUACGUUACUUUGAACUCUAUAUGGCUCUGAUAUACGCAGCUUUUCCUUGUAUGAUGCAGUUUACAGGGACUGGAUUGGAAUAUGCUGAAUACUAUGGGACUAGCUUACUUUGGCGAAGGUCACCAUUUGGCUGAGUCUAGAGUCUCCAGUCUGUUCAUAUAAAUGUAAUCUCAACAUCACUCGACCAAAACAUCAUAUGACACUUAAAGGCGUGCCUUGGACGGUCUAUCCCUAACAUAUAAUCUAUACUGCUCACUAUCAGGUCUACUGUGGCGUCACCCAUCCCAAAGGUAUUCUGCAUAAGUUAGCAUGGAAGGAUAAUCGUCUACUUGAUGCCUCGAGGUCAGACGCUAUAUCCAGCCGAUGGAAAUCCGAGCUACCGUCUGUCGAC